AUGGCGGCAAGCGGCGUGCGACGGCGGACGAUCGGCGGGAGCUCAAGCCUGACGCAGGAGACGGGCGAACGGGAGAAGAAAGCCGGCGGAGUUCCCCGCCCCCUCGGUUUUGUGAGCUCGGCUUCCGGUUCCUGCACAAGACGCCUGGCAGCCCAGCCAGUGGGGAGAGAGCAGCCCGGAAGUCCUGCCCCGCCCCCGUCGUCGACUCGUGACCGCUCACCGGCUUUUCCCAGUAGCCGGCUUGGGGGUCGGAUAGACCUGUUCCCUCAGAAGCACUGCCCAAAGGCCUUCUUCUACCCUUCGGCCCUCCUCCGGGCCGCGUCAGGCGCGCAGACACCGUGGCUCCCUUACUUAGACUUCCUCGCGGCGCUACGCCGCCCCCACCGCCCCGCACCCUCAAGACCCAGAUCCUCAGUGCUGCUGCGCCGGCGCUCCCAGGACCCGACGCUCCAUCAGCCAGCUCGCCUACACACACGCUGCGCCUGCAGCUGCUCCCGCAGGCUUUGCCAGCCUCCGCACCCACGACUGUGGGCCCAUCCCAGUCCGCUCCCUUCUCAGCAGCCCGCGGCCGCCGCCACCGGCGGAACCAUAGAGCUGCUCUCCAAGUGGAGAGGCCAGGAGAGGGUGGUCCUUCCGGGUUACGUCUGCGAGAAGAGGCCUCCCCCAAACCUCUGUAGUCCAGACUUCCGCUCCGGAGGGCGGACCCGCCCCCUUGCGGCGCGCCCGCGCCCCGCCCAGACGCCGGCGGUGACGGAAGCACGCCGGGGUGACCUCACCCGCCAACAUGGCGGCGGCGGUAGAUUAGGGCAGCGGGUCGGAGCCGCCGCCGCCGCCGCCAGAAUCGCGGGUUCGUGUGUGGAGCACCUGCCGCCGCCUCUUUCACCUCUUCGGGUUGCAGGGGCCUGA